GGUUGAUGUGUUUGUGGUCGAGAGGGACAGGCCCACGAGACCUUCAUGAAAACAACUUGCGUGUAUAUACAUAUGCCGUUUUGUCUGUCUAUACAACUCUGUCUUAUUGAUCCUAUUGAUACAUGUCAGCUUUUGAUAGUGUAGACAAUUAUACAAACAUGACAUUGCAAAUUAUAGUGGAAGUACUUCAGGAACAUGCACUCUUCACGAAUCCAAAGGAAUAAGUUUUGUUUAAUCAGAUUUGUUUCUGAGAUUGAGUAAUUGCUCCUAUACAUCUUUCCUUUAAAAAUGUGCGUCGUGACUGCGGUUAAAAUCGGAGAGAAACAAUGUGUUGCUGAAGGAAACUUUACUGAUCACUUAACCAUGCUCAUUAUCUGGUAACGACCGUCCCAGUUGAUCUUCACAGCAAUUUAAUUACAACAACAUGCUACCAUUAAGAUUUCUCACAGAGAGUUGACAAUGGAUUUUUCUUUAGGACAAAAACGGAACUAAAUUCAUUUUAAGAGAAAAGGUUUCUGUUUCGACCGGCAACGACAGUCUAGAGGGCCCCUGCGGGUCAACAGAGCUCCAUGUCUUCAUGAAACUACCCGGAGGUCAACUGAUCAACGUCUAAACUGAAAAACACCCGGGGGUCAAAAAGGAAUUCAACAAACGCUUGCGAGGAUUUGCAGUGUUUCAUUUAAAAGUUUAAUUUUUAACAAUUCAUUGCUUUAAGCGCAUGGAUAUCAAAUGAACGCGACAACAACAAAACUUAAACGACAGCCACCGUUUACACCAUAAACACCACAACCAACAACAGCAGCUGAAGCAACAAAAACAACAGAACAACGAUGAACGUGAUCUUACAUUUUUUGCUGGAUAAUAUCAUGUGACAAAAACAAGGAGGAUGUUUCCAUUGAAUAAAUACGUAAUUCAUUUGAAAGAAAAGAAAACAAACAAUAAACUCGUUAAAUUUUACCAAAAUUUUAAUGGAUAUUGAAUUGAAACGUUUAAACCAAAGACGAAUGUAGAUCAAUCAGGAAAUAAGGUUGAAACAUAAAAAAAUCACUUUCACCCCGAAUUCAUUAAGAAAUGAAAUAAUAAAAUAAAAAUUAUGAUAUUCCAUAUAUGACAAAUUAAUUUACAUAGGUUUAGCUAAAUAUAGUCUCGCCAAAUUGUAGACCAAGCAAUCAAGAUGCCUUCCCGGUCAAAUUUGAUAUCUAAGUUUCGAGAUUUUAACAUAAUGUCAUUGUACUACUAUAUUAAAGAGUGUUUAUGUGACUGUAAGGUGGAUUUUAUAUUCCUACUCUACAGUAUAGGAGACGCUCUGUUGGACGCUGUGCUUCGUCCAAAUGUACCACAAAUAGUCUGCUAUAGUAUGUAUCCAAAUCGAAUUCAUAGCUGCCGUCACAUUGAAGACAAUGUGGAUAUCGAGCAACUUGUUCAAAAAAAGGCCACAACUUACAUGAUUUUGCACAAAAUCAUAACAAAUGUCCCUGCGCUCGUGCUCGGCAUGUUCUGUGGUGCGUGGAGCGACAAAUACGGCCGGAAAUUGCCAAUGGUGAUGCCGAGUCUUGGAACUACCUUCGCUGUUCUCCUGUACAUGGCUGCUAACAUGGCAUACGAUGGAUCCAUCGCUUGUUUCCUCGUGGGAUCCGUUAUACAUGGAUGUUUCGGCAAGACUGCUAUGGUCAGUAUGGCAGUUAGUAGCUAUGUAGUGGACAUCACGGCUACGGACAGACGGACAAAACGGCUCGGAACAAUCGCCGCUAUGCAGUUUAUAGGUAUGUUCAUUGGCUCGCUUAUUGGUGGGCUUCUCAUCGACAGCACGAGCAUUCUGACGGCAUAUUGCUGUGUGUCAUUCAUGAACGCACUUGUUGUGCUUUUAACUCUCGUUACCCUUCGCGAGACGGUGAAUGUCGCCGACAAACGAAAUUUGUUUCCUUGUAAAGCUUUCUGUCAAGGCAAAAACGUUAUGGAAUCUGUACAGGUCAUCACAAAGCCACGUGCGGGAAGCACGAGACGUUUUAUCAUUUCACUGUUUGUUGUUUUGUUUCUCCAUCAGACGUGUCGAACGGGUCUAACAGACGUCACCCUCCUAUUUACGGAGAAGUCUCCACUUAGCUGGCCGACAUCUUGGUUCGGGUACCUAUCGGCACUGGACAAUGCAUCAAUGGGAUUUAUCUUGCUGGUAUUUCUACCCAUACUUUCAAACAUUCUGAAGUUCUCUGAUCUUUCGAUAAGCAUCAUAGGUCUCGCAUGCGCUUGUAUCCGGUUCGUUAUUAUGGCGUGGAGCAACGAGACUUGGAUGGUUUGGCUUGCCGUUGUAGUGGGAAGUUUUGGUGGUAUAAUAAAUUCCCCAGUCAGAUCACUUCUUAGUAAAAUGGUGCAAGAAGAUGAAGUAGGGAAGAUGUUCUCCUUAUUAGGAAGUAGCGAAACUGCGGCUAAAUUUCUUGCUGUUGUCUUUACCUAUUUAUACGGAUCUACUCUCGAUAUAUUUCCUGGUUUCGCAUUUUUAUUGGCGUCCGGCUUAUACACUGUGAUGAUCGUGAUUGUAUUACUUGUUCAUGUAAAUAUCAAACCGGCAAACGGUGGCGAUGAAAGUCCGACGGAACAAACCGAAAGCAAGAUGGAGAUGAAUCAUCUAAAUGGGAAAACAAACACGAAUGGAAAAAUAGAUAUUAACGGUAAAACUGAAAUGAACGGUACAAUUGGAAGUCUUGAACGAGCCGAUAUUGAAAGUAGAUGAAUCUUAUGUUCAGAAGUUCGAAGCCAUAUUGGCUUAUCGAGAGUUAAUGCAAAUUUUUUAUCUUAAUUACAAUAACUUUAUUUUCGAAAAUAAAAAAAUGAAAUCCAAAACAAAAAAGACAUA